AUGUCUCACUCGGAAUCGGACCCUAUGGUCGACGUGCUGGCCCAACUAACGUCCAUCAGAGAGGAACUCCGGGAAAAUUCUAUAAAGAUGGCUGCCUUGGAAGCCGAAAACAACGCCGUCAGGGCCGAAAAUGCGAAGCUCUUGGAGUUGAACGAACAGACCAUCCGUGAUAGGAGUGCUGUGCGCUCCAUGCCACCCCUCGAACAAGGCACACCAGAAAGAACCUCCAACCAAUAUGCUCGCCCAUUGAGCGCCGGCCUGAGCAGGUAUUUCACCCCCGGACAAAGUUCAAGGCAAAAUGACCCACCUACGCAUACCAUCGGUGGCCAUCCCAGUCCGACGACCGGCGCCCAACCCGAAGGUCAUAACUGGCCACGAACGCCACCAUUGUUCCCAGCAUUUUCCUACAUUCCACCCUCUUCCAAUCCCUCGAGUAUGGGAGCACCACUUGAGGAAUGGACGCAAAGGCUCGCCACACUAGAAUCCAGGAUGAACAAAGUCCCAGGAGUAGUGGCACCGCCGGAAAAGACGCCACAAAGUAGCUUUGCAGACUCCCCUUUCUCUCCCUCGAUUGCUAUGACGGAGGCUCCACCAAGGUUCGCCGCGCCAAUUAUGAAGUUAUACGAUGGAACCGAAGAUCCCGAGGAGCACGUGGCACACUACAAACAGAAAAUGUUCGCCACUUCGAUACCAUUAGAUCUACGAGAGGCGUGCAUGUGCAAAGGAUUCGGAUCAACAUUGACCGGGCCAGCUCUUCAAUGGUACAUUAGUCUCCCCAACGGCAAUAUCUCUUCAUUCGCCCAGUUAGUGGACACCUUCCUUGUGCACUUCUCCAGUAGCAAGAAAAUUCAAAAAUGUUCAGAAGACUUGUUCAGAGUCGUCCAACGCCGUGAGGAAUCAACCAGAGACUUCGUAGCUCGUUUCAACAAAGAGAGAGUCUCAAUUCCUCGAUGUAAUCCUGAGACCGCGUUUAGAGCCUUCAAAAAUGGACUACUUGUCGACAGAGGAUUGUAUGAAGAAAUAGCGAAGUAUGAUUGUCAGAACAUGGAAGAUGCUCUAGCCCGCGCAACAAUCCAAAUCAGAUGGGAAGAGGAUGCCCGACGGCGACCGACCCCGCCGAACAAUGAUAGAGAGAAGCGCGGCAAAAGAGAAGAACAACCAGCGCCUCCACCGCCAAGAAACACUGCCCACUCCCGACCGUUCAACAGGGGAUUCAACAGACGAGAAUACUAUGAAAAUGCGCCCGAAUACAACUUAAGUAUCGCACAUGACGAGACAGUACUUGUACUCAAAAAAAUGGGAGAGAAAGUGAAAUGGCCGUUAAAGAACACCGACGGAAGAGAAAAAGACACCACUAAAUGGUGCGGCUUUCAUCAAGUCCAUGGGCACAAAACCACCGAAUGCAAGGCCUUACUUUACGAAGUAAACGAUUUGGUCAAUCGCGGCCAUUUGCACGACUUGCUGACCGAAAGAGGAAAAGCUCUCUUAGCAAAAAGAAAGGAAAAGGCCGCAGAGGACGGUAUACCGGAGCCCACUGAAACUAUUGCGGUCAUCAUUGGGGGUUCAGAGAUUAGUGGAAUUUCUCACUCGGCCGCCAAAAGAAGUGCAAGAGCCGCCAUUAAUCCCGACGCAAGGAAGGGACGGCUGACGAAGACUCCUUCCGAUCAGGUGAUCAUGUUUACCGAUAGUGAAGCCACCGAUCUGUUAGAUCCACACCACGACGCCCUUGUCAUCUCCAUUCAGGUAGCAAAUUGCAUAAUUAAACGGGUGUUAAUCGACAACGGCAGUUCGGCGAACGUCUUGAUGCUGAGCACCCUUAAAAAGAUGAACAUUGAUGAAAAUCGCGUUGUACGACGAUCGACGAUCCUAAUCGGAUUCGGCGGAGAACAAAAGUUCACCGAAGGCGAAAUAGCAUUGCCCGUAUAUGCCGGUGGGGUCAAUUGCCAAACGAAGUUCCUCGUCCUUGAUUGUCACUCACCAUUCAACAUAAUCCUUGGGCGUCCGUGGAUUCAUGAGAUGAAAGCAGUCCCGUCAACUUAUCAUCAAGUCGUCAAAUUCCCAACGGCCGCCGGAAUCAAAGAAAUCUACGGUGAACAAUUGGCAUCUAGAGAAUGUUACCAGAAUGGCCUCAAAAAGAAGAAAGAGCAGUUAUAGCAAUUACAGCAAUCGUCCGACUCCGGCGGGCAAAAUACGCCCGAAGUGGAGGAGUUAGACGAAGUUUCGAUCUCU